AUGGCACAUGACGCCAUGGGUCGGGACCUGGGCCCGAUCGAGGCGGUUCCUGUACCACCUACUCAGACCUAUUCACGGUAUCGCAGUCUGCGCGGCAAGAGCGUGUCAUCGCCGCGUGACUUCGGUGUAUUUCGGGAUGACGACAUCCCUCAAAGCGAUUCAAUCCGCACAGGGCUGGAACAAAGCGAUAGUCUGAACUCGCUUAGAUCCCGUUCCAAGAGCGUUUCAUAUCACGGCAACGCAACAGGGUCUAAGGAUCCCCCGCCUGUCGCGCCGGCGCCCACAAGAGGCAUACUGAGCCCUAGGUCCAUCAAUAUUUCCGCACCGUCUGGCCGCAAGAUAUUGGAGAAUAUAAAAUCUCCCAUUUUUAGUUCAGGCAUUCCACCUUGGAAAUCGUUUUCCAAGAUCAACAAGCCAGCCAAUAAGGACGUGGGUGGCACAGACGGGGACUGCACGGCGGCGGGUCCUCAAUCCCAGAACCAGGUUGACAAUCCAGAGGGCCAAGGGAAGGGCCAAGAGGAGGGCCAAGAGGAGGGCCAACAACACGGCCAUCUCAGUAACGACCGAGGAGACUCGGUACCGCUGCCAAAGGCCGAGAGCGCAAACGAGCCUGCGGUUGAGGACGAGCCCAAAGAGCCCAGGGACGACAGCGCCGUUUCGGACAUCAAACAAGGAAGCCACAAGGACACCGACCACUUGGCUGAUGAGGUCGCGCGCCUUGAGGCUGAGACUGAUAGAAUCCUUGCCGAACAAAAGAAGUUGGACAUUGCGCGACUUCAAGCCCACCUCGUCGCACCUCCGCCAAAGCCCAAGCGCCAACUACUUGACAAACUCAUUUUCUUCUCGCGAGGUAAACGAUCCACUGGUGCAAGCCAGCCUGGGACACCCAGCACAAUUGUGUCGGCCAUCUUCUCACCAGCCACCAGCCAUUCCAGCCGGGACAGUAUUGGGGAACCAGCAACACCCAGUCUACCUGGUCUAUCCGCCUUCAAGAUGAGUUUCAUUGCGCCCGGAGGAAAGGGUGUUGUUCCGCAAACCGAUGCGCCAGUGUCUGCUAGCAACGGCGGAGAGCGACGUAUAACUGUACGAUGCUUUUCAUCCACCCUCAGUCUGCUGGUGACAGCAGAUACGACUCCUGUUGACAUUCUCGGGGCCACGGCGGACCAGACAAGACAUGACAUAGAUCCAGCAAAAUGUGUCACAAUAGAGUGCUAUUCUGCCCUUGGCCUUGAGCGUCGCCUCCGUCGCUACGAGCGCGUUCGUGACGUCAUGAACUCUUGGGACAAGGACAAGCAACAUUCUCUGCUCGUUAUAAAGUCCGAAUCCCCAGACCGUGACAAGGAUCUGGACUUGCAAGCUGCUCCUCUCACCACAGAGCCUCCCCAAGGGUUUUCCAUGCAAAUGCAUCACUCGUCAAAGACUGGCAAAUGGACUCAGCGCUGGGUGACGCUUCUUGAAAACGGACAGAUUUACGCUGCCAAGUCGCCGAAUGCUAAUGCCUCAAGCAAGGAUAGUAUUGUCUUAUGCCACAUGACCGACUUUGACAUUUACUCCCCGAGAGAGAGUCAGACGCGCCGUCAUCUUCGGCCGCCUCACAAGUUUUGCUAUGCCAUUAAGAGCCAGCAAAAGCCCGUCGUAUUUGCCAACACCGAGAACUUUGUCCACUACUUCUCGACGGAUGAUGCACAGCAGGCAGCCCGAUUUUUUGAAAAGGUGCACGCUUGGCGAAGCUGGUAUCUGGUCAAUCGAAUGGUAGAUCUUCAGGAGAAGAGUCGAGUUCCGCAAAUUGCGCUUGGCCCUAGAAGCAAUAGCAGUGAAAGCCCCAAGAAAAGCAUCAGGAGCGGUAAUACCAGCGUACGGGCUUCUACUGUUUCAUUGCAAAAGGACGACGAGGGCGAGCCGCUCAUGAAUGUCAAUGCAUUCCGUAUGAGUAAGAUUGUCAUCACGCCCGAGGAAGCAAAAACCAGAAGAUCAAUGUCUGUCAAGUCGAAAUCGUCGGUUAAUCGCUCCGGAACUGUGAAGAAGAAUAUGCAUGCGGACGCCGGGUUUUCUAAAACUGCCAAGGGAGCUGAAUCGGAAUUUGCAGCAGGCGGUUUGCUAGGCAAUGCCUAUGAUGCUAAACUCAAGCAGAGCGAUGCUGCCUCUGUGGUGUCCAAGACUGCUCCAGAUGGGCCCUUUACCGAGGCCCCGUCUCUUUUGAACGGUGGCAUCUCCAACUCCUUAUCAGAUGCUUCUGAGAAGGCCAAAAAGCAAUCUGAGGAAGAAAAGAAGAGACCUGAAAUUACGUCUUGGUUCCCCUCUGCUGCGGAGCACUCAGCUCGUAUUCGCAGUCAAUCCUUCCACCCACCGUCGUCAUCAUACCAACAGCGCAGACCAAUGACUGCUGACACUGGGGCCAUGGCGACGCGCAGUCGCUCAGAGAAGCAUCCUGCGCCUUUGCUCAGCUUCUCAAAAGACUUUCCUGAGCCUCCACGGUUUCGCGAAGGCCCAGCUGGCGUUAGGCAAGCUCCUGGUCAGCCGCUAGUUAGCUACGCAACAGGUGGCGCAAUGAGAGAGCCUCGUGAUGGUAUUCCCCGAAGAAACAUGUCUCGACGUGGAUUACCUGCUUCACAUGACGGUGGUCUUACUGGGCAACCGCCGCCAUCGCCCCAUCGUCCCUCUCCAUCUCCAGGAUCUCGUGCUCGUAGCAAGACCUCUAGUUCGCCAAAUCGAUUCAACGCUGGUGAUGUCCAUUCCCCUCCUAUGCCAGCUACAUCUAGCCGACGUCGCCCGCAUAAUGGGGAGCCUCAUAACCCACAACUGAAUCGUCCUGAGCCGCUGGUGAAUCGGGCAAGGUGA